CUUAGCAUGAAGGGUGGAGAUGGAGAACACAGUUAUGCAAAUAACUCUGAGGCGCAGAAAAUUAUUAAUUCCGAAGCAAAACUGGCGGUGGUAGAAAACGUAAAGGAAAUGAUAGUGAAGAUGGGUUUUCCCGGGUGUAUCAAAGUGGCCGACUUGGGAUGUUCUUCCGGUGAAAACACUUUCUUGGCCAUGUCCGAGAUCGUCAACACGAUCAUAUCAACAUACCAACAAAAGGGUCAAAUCCAACCAGAGAUCGAUUGUUGUCUUAACGAUCUUCCAGACAACGACUUCAACACUACCUUCAAAUUGAUCCCUUCCUUUCACGAGAAGCUGAAGAUGGAUGUUAAAGAAAUGUGUUUCGUCUCGGGAGUCCCAGGCUCAUUCUACUCGAGACUUUUCCCAAGCAAGUCUCUUCAUUUUGUUCAUUCAUCUUUUAGUCUCCAUUGGCUUUCUAAGGUUCCUCCUUGUCUUGAGGAAAACAAGACGAACGUGUAUCUAAGAAGCCCAUGCCCUCCAAAUGUGUACAAGAGUUACUUGGCUCAGUUCAAGAAUGAUUUCUCAUUGUUUUUGAGAAUGCGUGCGGAAGAGACAAUGCCUAAUGGACGCAUGGCUCUCACUUUUUUGGGCAGAAAAGCUUUGGACCCUUUAUCAAAAGAUUGUUUUCGAGAUUGGUCGCUGAUAUCUGAUUCUCUCCUCGAUUUAGUCUCUGAGGGGAUUGUGAAAGAAUCAGAAGUGGAAUAUUUCAACAUGCCAUUUUACAAUCCGGACGAAAAUGAGGUGAAGGAAGUUAUCGAAAACGAGGGCACUUUUGAGAUCAACAAUUUUGAGACGAUAUUUGGUCUUCUCUUUUCACACAAAACUGGUCGUACUGAAGUGAAAGAUGAUGAUGAUUUGGACCAAUCACGUGUAUUUGAAGUCGUUAGAAAGAGGGCAAACUUGGCAAGAUCCAUCACUGAACCGAUGCUUGCUGCUCAUUUUGGAGAUGCCAUUAUUGAUCGUCUGUUCGAUAGGUAUACAUACCAUUUAGCCCAAAGUUACCAUACUUUGCGCAACAAACCAAUGGUUAAUUUCUUAGUUUCGUUGAUUAAGAAGUAA